AUGUUCGUUAUUGGUAUACGCGUCGAAUGUUAAAGGUUCGAUGUAACGCGUUCGUUUCAUUCGCUUUGUUCUGAUCGGAAGGAAUCCUCUCGAAGACUUCGCGAAUACGCUAGUUUCUCGAAGAUGAACGAAGGGAAGAAGAAGAGAGGAUGGAGCAACAUGCGCGAACGUGCACGUGACUCUUGAGAAAGGUUCGUUCACGUGGUAGUAGUGCUCGUGGUGGUGGUGGUGGUGGUGGUGGUAGUAGUACUAGUGGCGGUGGUGCUAGUAGCGGUGACGGUGGCGGUUGUGGUGGUGGUUCCUCGAGUCUGGCUUGCUCGUGUGGCACUAUGCAACGCGCUGGAAUGCGUCCUAACGAAAUUCGAGGUUAGAUACGCUCGGAGCCUUCGCCGUCUCGCGAGGGGUGUUGCUAGAGGCGCGGAUCUUCCGAGUGGAUCUCUUUGGAGUGGGGCAUAAACGGGGGGUCGAAGGGGGUGUUGGCCAAGCGACCUCGGCUCAAAGUGUGUCUCGCUUGGGCGUGCGAGGUGGGAUCGGUGUUUCUGGACUUUAGUGUCUUUCCUAUAUCUGGACGUUGCCGAGGAGAGCUCGUUGAACGAAUAAGAUCACGUGCCACCGAAGAGGAAUCAUUGGAUUGGAUUUUCGUCGUUUUUAGUGAUAAAUCUUACGAUUGCCUUAAAAGAAAAAUGGACAUUGAUUAUUACUUCGUAUUCUCGAGUUAAUUGUCUAAGAGAAGUGUCCUGUGAGAUUUCUUCGAGAAGCUUAAAAAAAAAAAGAAAUCUUUUUCGAAGUGAUACAACCGAUCGUAUCGUAAAUCGUGAGAAGCUCGAAAUUGUGAUUUGUGUUGAAUAAACGCCAGGAGGAGAUAGUGGAAGUUUGAAAAAAAAAAGGAAAAAAGAAGAAGAAAAAAAAAAGGAAAAAGAAAAAGGAAAAAGAAAAAGAAAUUCGACGGCUUGUCCUUUCAGUGAAGUGCUUCGAUCUAAAGUGUAUAUACGAAGCUUUUUCACAGAUUGGAAGUUACGAGAUCGCCCUCGGGGACUUGCAUCAACGGCAACUGAAGAUAGUCGCUGUCAAAACUUACACAACAUAAUAUAUAUUUCUAAUAUAUAUAUAUAUAUAUAUAUAUAUAUAUAUAUAUAUAUAUAUAAAAAUAUAUACAUAUAUAUAUAUAUAUUAGAAAUUUGCAAUGAUCUCUACGAAUCGAUGCUAGUAGAAUUUGAGGAAUUUAAAAGUUUAAUCAAAAGUCUUGUGUUGAUAAUACGUGAAAAAAAAAAAGAAAAUCAAAGUUAAAUUAAACGAACGAAUUUUCGAAGAAUUUACAUCGAUGUAUCGAAUAAUCAAAAUCCUUUCGAUACUAUCUAUCCGAUAUAAUAUAAUAUAUUAACAUAUAUAUGUACAUAGAUAUAUACUUUAUACAAAGUGAUAUCUAGGCAAAGUGAUCGAUCUAGGUAAAGAACAACGAGCUUACUGUGUUACGCUACGUAGGCGCCAUAUCCACGUUGAAGUAAAAGAGCAAAGUCCGUAUAACGAGUCUCAGGGAAUAAAAAUACGAGAAAGCAAAAAGAACUCGAUACGGCUUUAAAUCAAAUAGACCAGAGCGUCAUUCGUAGAUAAUUACGAUGUUCUAAGAUUAUCAUCCUACGAUAAAUAUAAUUUUAAUCGAAAAUCAGUGAAAGAAAAUAGAGAAGGAGAAGAAAAAAAAAAGAAAGAAAACAGCGGGAGAGGAAAAAGAAUUUUUCGGUAAUAUCGAUUGUAAAUCAAGAAAACUGUUUCGAUCAAGAAAAGAGGAUCUUAGGCGUCGUAGCGAAAAUACAAUUAAAAUUAAGUCCGACGGAGUAUCAAAGUUUACAUGCCUCGCACCGAUCUUCUGACGUUUAGGUGGCACGAAAGUUCGUCACCGAUCCGAUUCAUCAUCGAGUUCUAAGUUUUCCGAGGAAGGGAGCGAAAAAGUCGUCACGGUGUGUGGAUUAGGGCGAAUCCUCGGCUACAUCGGCGGACGACCGUCGGUGGGGGCCGCCACUAUGUCACAGUCCGGAUCAGGAGGCUUAACCGGAUCACAGGGUCAAACUAGUCAAAACGGGCAAACGAUGGAAAAUCAACAGACAGAUUGUCACCAAAAUGGCCGGGCCGAUCCACCGACAGAUACUACAAAACAGGACCUAUCCAAUGGUUUUGAGAAUCGAACCUUGGAUUACGAGCGAUUUUCCCAAGAGAGAAAUCAACAGGGACAAACAACCGCGCAGAAUCAAGAUCAACCACAACAACACCAACAACAACAACAACAACAACAUUCACAGCCGCAACAGCAACAGCAUCCACAGCCGCAACAGCAACAGCAAGUUCAACAGCAAUCACAGCAAGUACAGCAGCAAUCGCAGCAAGAUCAACAGACUGGACAAUAUCCGUCUGGAAGAAGACAAUCUGUUGUAGGAGUACCAGAGGAUAGACAUCCUCCUACGGGUCAAUUACCUCCUCAGCAAUACACCGUGGAUAAAACAAAUCCCGAAAGAGUCCAGCACGUUUCUCAAACCAGCACGCAAACCGUCCCGGUACAAGCUCAACCUCAAUUUGCGCCGGACUAUGAGCAAAGUCAAUAUCCACAAAUACGAGGUCAAUUUGAUGUUAGGUCGCAGAUAUAUCCUCAGCAAGCUCAGUACGCAGAGAGAGCCGGUUAUGUAACCAGAGACAUUACGUAUAGAGAUCCAGCGCUAUAUGGUCAAAGCACGGUUGCCAAUCCUAUGUUCGCGAGUCAAAGUCAGUAUGUUACCGUCCAACACGGAACACAGAUACCCUCUCAGUCGGCUAGUCCACAACCGCCUUACUUUGCGAGCGUUGUGGUACCUCAACCACCUGGAUAUACACAAUUUGGUAGCCAACCUCAAUAUCCGUAUAGCCAGUAUCCUCAAACUGUUAUGAAUGCGGUGCCGUACAAUCCCCAUACAGGCAUCUAUCAAGCUCAACAAUUCGGCCAACAAUCGCCCAAUCCACAGAGAUUCACUCAAGAGCUGAGCCAAUAUCAAACGCAACCGAUAAUUCAACCGAUCGCUCAAAAUGUUGCUCAUGGAAUAGCAAUUGCUACGACUGAAAGGCCAAGUCGUGGCCCAAAGCCGAUGGUACCACCCCGUGGAAAUUCAAAAAUCACACACGAUACAGGACACAGAAAAUCGGCAAGCGUCGACGUACCGGCAUUGCAAAAAGUUAAAUACGAAUCACAAAAUCCCCCUCAAGAUCAGAUUCAUCGUAGCGAAGGUGCCAUAAUCGUACAAGGAUCGCAAAUUGCUACGGGUGAAACGCAAGAAAGGAGAUAUCUAACUACGAUAAACCAGAAUCCUAGAACAAGGCAGGACGGUCUCUAUGUGGACGCAAAUGGUGAUCAAACGGUACGGGAGAAGGUCGUAGAUAAUAUCGGAACGGAGUGUGGUUUGUAUGUUUCUAAAUCGGAGCACAGAAAGUCCAUAUCCGUUGACGUUACAACGAGUUUUCAAAGACGCAACGAUACCAUCACUUUUACGUUUCCCGGUGAUGGAAAUCAAGAUAUGGCUGUACCAUCCAGAAAGCCAACGGUUAUAGAACCAAAACGAGUUGAGGGUACGCAAGUAUUUCCACCUGAUCAGAGAAGAUUAGACGCGAGCUUAAGAGUUUCACCUAUGGCGUUUGAUUCGAGACAAGAAAAUCGGAAAAGUGUGGCCACCGAUAGAAAGGCAGAUUGGGGCAAUGUGAGUCCGAAUCAAAGAGUUGUCAUACCGCAAGAAAGCAGACGAUCGGAUUAUUUCGAAGAACAUAGACGGUCACCGAUGAAUUUGGAAGGUAAAAGAGUGGAAGAUGUUAGAAGAUCACCAAUGCCUUUCGUUCCGAUUCGAGAUACAUCUGCCGAUCGGGCAAAUCAGAAAAGUCCAUCGUUUGUUAAUCAAAACUUUGAGAAGACCAGACAAGAAUUAGCAAUGUGGGCCGAACAAAGGCAACGUCAAGAAUUAGAGAGGAGCAUGAUGCAGAAUCAAAUAUUUUCUACUAGUCCGCGAUCUCGUAAUCAAUCCGAGGAAAGAAGAGAAUCUCGAUCUUCACAUCCAUCCGAAGAACGUAAAGAAACUAGAAUGUCGCAAUCGGCUUUUCAACCGUUGCCGAACAUCAGUCAAAGUACUAUAAUGGAACAACGUCGUCAUUUGCGACACGUAAGUGCUGACUUAACAAAACACAUGGAAUUGUCUCGAAAAGAUUUCGACGAUCAACCGAUCAGUGGUUCUGUAGCUAAUCUUGGACCAGGCACUGCGAGUACUGUUUCAUCACAAAGAGCCAGUCCAAAUCUUUGUCAUCAGUAUCCAGCAUUGAGCGAAGCCAAAUUAGACACUAAGGCCGUAUUAACAGUAGUCACCGAUUUCGGAGAGUCUAAUUCAACUAAACAAAGCGAUCAAGUCGAUCAUAUAAUACACAGUCACAGAAAGAGUCACAAUAUCUCUUCGAGUUUAUUAACUCAUAGCAAAAGUCAAACGGAAUGCUUACAGAGCCAGCUUGAUUCCCAAAGCGAAAAAUCGGAUUCCCUUCAGGCUCAACAGCAACAGUUACACAAUCAGCAGAGUCUCGAUUUGAUUUCGGAGAAGCUAAGCCAGUUCGAACGUCAACAGAGCGACCUUCAAGCUAAACUGCAAUGUCUUCAGAAUCAAAAUCAAAUCUUAGAUAAGGUCGCUCAAUUUCAGCAUCAACAGAGCGACUUACAGGCACGACUACAAAGUUUGCAAACGCAGAAUCAGAUCGGUGAUAAGAUUCAGCGACAAUCUACGGAAAUUCAACAGCACACCGUUGGAAAUGACGUACACCAAAUACAAAUGAGUCCUUUAUGCAAUCAUCAAGAUCAUUUGGAAAAGACACCCUCUUUGUCUCAGAAUCAACAUCAGGUGGUGCACAGUCACCAUCACAGUUUACUGACCACCACAUAUCCGCAAAGCUCGAGCCUUCAAGCUUGCCCGUCGUCCGUUUGUGAGAAACUAUCUCCACGUAUCCAACACGAUGUCAAUGAUCCGAAUUCCAUUCAGAUACCUAACAUGUCACAGAUGCCACUUCCUUGUCUCCCACAGUUCGAUCGUGCUGAUACGUCGCGUGGUUCGUUCUCGCAGUUUCAUCGACAUCAGUGUCAAAUCGACAGUCACGAUAGUACAUCAGCGACAUCGGCUGGGGGAGUUGUUGUCGGUACCGUUGGAGUCAGCGGAAGCAUCGUUGGUGGUACUACUACAACGAGCACCUUUACCGGGACCCUCAAGAAAGUUCCACCAGAGAAGCCACCGAGACAGUCCUUGACCGUGCAGUCUCCGGAAGCAGAGAGUAACAGAAGCCAGCCAGCGAUCGGACUAAAGCAGACACCAAAAGCACGGCCGACGAUUUUCGGGACAGUCGCCUCGGACCUGAAUCCGAAGGAUGGCAACAGUCGAAGGAGCUUACCGCAAACUCCAGCCGGUGGUGUCGGUGGAAAAGGUGGAGGAGGUAGUGGGGUUCCUGGUUCUGGCAUGGUCAAUGGUGCUGGCGCUGAUCAUCAGGAUAUUCGCGACGGUGCAGCUAUAAAUACCGAACACGCUCUAGUGUACCGAGACGGAAACUUAGUUUCUGGAUCCUUGGAAGCGUUAGUGCAGCACAUGGUACCAACCGAGGAAUAUUAUCCCGAUCGUGCUUACCUCUUUGCCUUUUUGCUAAGUGCAAGGCUCUUCAUCAAACCGCACGAGCUAUUGGGUGAGGUUUGCGCCCUUUGCGAACAUCAGCAAAAUCUGAAUGGAGAAGGCGGCAAGGAACGACUACACCGUUUCGUGCCCCGACUGGUGCAGCUGUUGGCAGAAUGGACGGAGACUUUCCCGUACGAUUUUCGGGACGAAAGGGUGAUGGGUCACGUCAGAUCCAUCACGCAGAAGGUCGCUGCGGUCGACGCGGCCGCGCGACAGGAAGUUUCGGCCUUGCUUCAAAACUUACUUCUCAGGCUCACAGCCCUCGAGAGGUACGAGGAGGGCCUAGCGAGAUUGGCCACCGAGGCGGCGACUGAACAGCUCACGCAGGUGGACAUCACCGAGCUUUGCCCCUCCGCUACGGUACUGGCACAACAAUUGACCCACGUGGAACUCGAGAGGCUCUCUUACAUCGGCCCCGAGGAAUUUGUCCAAGCAUUCGCUAAGGAAUCUCCUCACUUGGAAACAUCUUUCAAGGACAUGAAAAAGACUCGGAAUCUUGAGUCUUAUGUCCAGUGGUUCAAUCGAUUGAGUUAUUUCGUAGCGACCGAAGUAUGCAAGCACGCAAAGAAGAAACAACGCGUGCGCGUCGUAGAAUAUUGGAUAGAGACCGCUCGAGAAUGCUUUAAUAUCGGCAACUUCAACUCAUUGAUGGCGAUCAUUGCCGGUCUGAAUAUGUCUCCAAUAUCGCGGCUGAAAAAAACGUGGUCAAAAGUACAAUCGGCCAAGUUCUCGAUCCUAGAACAUCAAAUGGAUCCUAGUAGCAAUUUCAGCAGCUAUCGUAGCACCCUAAAGGCAGCAAUGUGGCGUAGCGCCGGCGCUACGGACGAACGUCAACGAAUCGUUGUUCCCUUCUUUAGCCUGUUAGUCAAGGAUCUAUACUUUCUCAACGAGGGCUGCAGCAACAAACUACCAAACGGACACAUUAAUUUUGAGAAAUUUUGGCAGCUAGCAAAACAGGUAACGGAAUUCAUCGCCUGGAAACAAGUAGCUUGUCCGUUUGAAAAGAAUCCACGAGUUAUAGCCUUUUUACAAGCGAGUCCUGUAUUAACCGAAAAUGCAUUGGCUCUAGCAUCGUUCGAGUGUGAACCACCCGAUAACAAUCCUGAGAAGGAACGUUACAAAGCUUUAAACGAUAUAUGUUCGCAGGUCUGAAAUGAACACCCAGUGAAAACAAGAUUCGCUGCAACAUGUCGAACAGGAACGCUACUGAUAAAGAAUAGUAUCAAUUUAUAUGUAUAUAUGUGUAUACAUUUAUAUAUAUAUAUAUAUAUAUAUAUAUAUAUAUAUAUAUAUAUAUAUGUAUGUAUGUAUGUAUAUAUAUAUAAAGAUGUGCAUAUAUAUAUAUAUAUAUAUGUAUACUAUUAUAUAUAUAUAUAUAUAUACACAUAUACAAACACAUUUAUAAAUAUUAAUAUAUUCGUAACGAUAUCCAGUUAAUCUCCUGCGAAAGGAGACUGUGUUCUCGGUGCAAGAAGUAAAAAGAAAAAAAAAAAAGAAGGAAGAAGGAAAGAAAGCGAAAAGGCAAAAGAAGAGAAGAGAGAAAAAUGAGAAGAUAAACGACGGAUUUAAAGUAUUAAACGGAAUAAGCUACAUCAGAUGUAGACUCGUCGUUCCGUGAUUGCGCUCGCGAUUAAAAAUUGCCCUAUAGUGAGAUCUCGCGUUGUUAAAAAUCGAUUAAGCAUCUGCUUGACCCGUAUAGUCAUCGGCAAUGUUAAAAUGAAGCUUGCCCGACCUCGAUGCGAUACGGAUGAAAAUGUAAUCCUUCGGGUAAUAUUUCUGACGGCCGUGGUAGGCCAUCGACAAGAGCAUACGUAUGAAAGUAUCGAGCAGUUCGCGAUUAAAAAGCAAGGAAAAAUAAGGUAUGGCUCGAUGAGCGAGCGAUGUAGGCCAACGUUGGUCGGCAAAAUCGAUUCGCAAAAUGAUUUUUGACGAUUGCAGAUGACGAUGCGGCUCGCGAGAUCGAAUAAACAGGCUGUUCUUUGAAAUCGGAUUUCGGGACUAGUCUGGUCUUUAAUUUAAAAAAGAUUAAAAGAGAAAGAGAGAGAGAGAGAGAGAGAGAGAGAAAAGAUAAAAGAAAAAAAAGCAGAAAAAAAGGAAGAAAAGAGAUUUCCCUUCUGUUCUUGAACGAAGGACGACGAUCGGCUUCGAGCGAAACGAAUCGAUACUCGGAUAAGUAUUUAUGUAAUGUAUAUGUACGAACGGAAUAUUCGCUCGGACAAUAUCGCGCGUGAACAGUAAGUAUAGUUCCUAAGUCCGAGGCACGUACCGGCUGUAUCUCGAAAGUUCUUCGAAUAUCCUUUCCGUUUUUCAAUCGUUAUAGGAAAGAGAAUGAUGAAAGAUCGACGUAUCGUAAUGAGAAGUAUAAUCGGAGCAUUCUCGAGAGACGAUCCGUGACAUAGCCGAUUCUUUUGUAUAUAGCCCUUUUGAUAUAACGCUAAACGGACUCCUAAGUGUCAGAUGUAGGUUCGUUCCUGUAGUCUCUAAGUUCAAAUAUAGUAUCAUAGAUAUCCGAUAAGAAAAAAAAGCCACUAUGAUCAUCGUGCCCGUACUUAAAGUUAUAUAAGAGAAGAGAAGAAAAUGGGGGCGGGAAAAAGAGAAAAAAAGAGAAAAAAAAGAGAGACGAUGCGAAGGUCGAAAGAACUCGUACGUGGUAGGAUUGAUGGUAUUUGCAAAUUACUACAAACAUGAUCGACGUUCAAUAAAUGAAUCGUUUAAUAUCGUUCUCCGACACACUUAACGUCUUGCAAAAUUAAUUCGAAAGUACAUUUUUAUGAGUAACGUAUCGAUCGGGAAAGGUGAAAAGGGUGUUAUAACGAUAGGAAGAUUCGAUCAAACGUUCGAUCAAGUCAACGAUAUCGACUUUUGCGAUCUUAAAACGGAGAAAGAAAGACAGAUCACGAUUUUGCUAAUAUCCGGCGUUGUUUUCCUUCUUUGCCUGCAUGAACUCGAGAGCACGAAAGAAAAACCUUCUUAAAAUAUUUAGGGACCAAGAGUUCGCUUCUCCUGGGUAUAUAGCACAAUCCGAGUAAAAAGAAAAGAAAAGAAAAAGAAAAAGAAAUGAAAAAAAUAAACAAAGAAAAAGAGGACAAAUAUUGUGAAAACGAUGGAAGGAAAGUAAAGGAAAAAUUAUUCCAAAUGAAGUCACGACGAUUUAAUAACAUUUUAACUGCCGUCACGAAAUUGCCGAAUUAAGAACAGAUAUUAAAAGGAUGAAGAUCUCGAAAAGUCCAUUACGAUUAAUAGACGAAUACGAACCGAGAGUCUAUACAAAGAUCGCGUAACAAAGAAAGUAUAAAUUAAUCGAUCGAAUCGCCAAAAUCCGUGAGUCAUCGAACGCUAUGGACACUUGCCAUUCUUAAAUUACUCAAUAAAUUAUUAUACAUUUGAUUUUAUUUUCAUCGAACGUAUAUAUGUAUGUAUGUACUACGAUUCACGCGUUGUUUCCAUUACGUUCCUAACAAAAUAUUAAUAAAAAAUAUGAUCUUCAUCCUACAAAAUAGAAACGCAUGAAAGUACAUUACUACGAGAUAUAGCGAUCUUUGUAAUAAAACAUAAUUAAAAAGAAAAAAAAAAAGAAAAAAAAAAGAGAAAGAGGAAAAGGAAGAGGAAAUAACCGUACAUCGAGAAAAGUGAAAUUCUUGAAAAAACGUUUAUAAAGAUAUAUCAUUAUAAUAUGAUGUCGCAUAAAAUAAUGGAAACGAUAAAUAUAUUAUGGCAUUCAUCAUAACAUAAAUGACAGUAAAUAUACGAUUAUAUACGUACGAGUUCUGUACGAUAAGCAGUAACGAUAACGAAUUUUUCGAGGUAGAUAUCGUUUUUCGUUAUUCGUCUCGUUGGAUAUUAUCAAUUUUAUCAUCGUCGUCUCGAAAACAAUGCACUUUAACACAAAAACUGUGAAACGUAGAUCUAACGAAAAAAAAAGAAAAAAAGAAAAAAAAAAAAAGAAAAAGAAAAAACAAACUGUUUUCUUUACUUCUUAAUAAACUUUCGUACGAUCUUUCAAAGAAUCUCUUUAUCCUAUCCGGCAAAACAAAGUGUCCGAAUGCUCGAUGAUGACUCAAGGAGUUUUUUUCUCAUGUAGAUAGGAUAUAACAAUCAUCGACAAUUAUAUACAUGCACAUUUAUCGUAAGUACAUAAAUAUAAAAUUACCACCGUACCAUUUAAGCCGCUUAAUCGUUGCAUUGUCAAAUAUUCAUAUCGUUUCACCGUGAUCAUUUGAUCAUCCUCGCUCAACAAUCCGUGUUCAAAAAUCCAUCCCGCCCUUCUAUAUCAAAUAACAAAUCGAUGAGUUUCCAUCCGUCUCGAAUAAUUUCUUACGAGCAGCACACGAUCACUUCAAUUUUUUAUAUGGCAUGCGUUUUUCUACAAAUCCGAUAUAAAAACGCGACGAUAAUCGCGAUUGCCUUUCGAUCGGCUAAGAUUUAAAUGACGAUAAUUACGACGAUAAGAGAUGUGAAAGCAAGUCGAUCGAUUCGUGAUUGAUAUAAAAAGAAGCGUCAUCUAAAAUUCAUUUCCGUAAGUGCUGCUCCGUUGUCCCUUUCUAUUGAGAUACACUACAAAGUUUAUGAUUACACAAUCUGUAAAUAAAAGGAAUGGCGUGUAUAUAUACAUACAAUUAUAUAAUAUAUGCGUAUCUAUUAUGCGUUAAUUUAGAUUUUAAGUAUUAGACCAUAAUCGAAUUUAAUGAAAUCGAUCAGGGCUGCCGUUGACGAUGAUAAUAUUUUUUCGUGAAAUUUUUUUUCUUCGAUCGUUGUCAUAUUUCUUUUCUUUUCCUUUCUUUUUUUUUUCGAUCAUCAUUGACAAUUAUCUAUUCGACUUUUGUUCCCUUGAUCAAUCACGAACAGAAAUACAUAUAUUUCAAUUUUCUUGAUAAUUGUGCAGAACGAUAGAUCGCUUAACUUUUUUUUUCUUUUUUUUUUUUUUUUUUUUUUUUUAUUUUUCCAAUGCGACAGCCCUGAGGCCGAAGAAAGAGAAGGAGGCAGAGAAAAAAAAUACGACUAGAAAUGUUGACAUGUGUCGAAAAAUGUCGUAACGAACACGACAAAUACUCGACGACAAGAAACGCCGAUCGAUCGAUCUGAGAUCACCUAACGCUAUAAUAUAGCAAAAAACUAGAUUCAUCCUCGAAAUCAAUUUAUAGAGAAAAAUCUUGCUUAUCGUCUAGUCACUAGAUAGUUAGUCGAGCCCGAGCUUUUUACGCCGCGAAAGGAGCGACCGACUUUAUUUACUUUCCUUUUUUUUUUUUUUUUUAUAUAAUAAGUACCUUUGUCUACUACAUAUAUAUAUAUGUAGCCAUGCUUUCAUAUCAUUACAUCUUGCGAUGCGUUUUAUACAAAUUCAUAUACAUAUUAUACGUCUUCGCAUUGAUUUUCGACGACGUUUCACAGAAUUUUUCUUGCUACGGUAUCUCAUUGAAUAUCGUAAAUUGUAUGACAUUUGAAACGUCAUUUCAUUUAUCUAUUAAAUAAACAUGUGAAUAUUUAAAUCCUCCUUUGGCGAGCUUAAUCGAGUCGGGAACUUUAUGCCUAAAUUAAGCGUACUCGAGAGUGAGAGUUAACGUUAAUUUCCGCGCUAAACAUAUUUUCAAUGAACAUUCCCUUUAUGUAAGAAACUUUAUAGACACACGACGCGACACUCGAGAGUAUAAUGCGUCAAUACUUCGCCAAGUUUGCUUGUAAAUGACUUUAACUUUUCAUUCCUUUCUUCUAUCUCUUGUUUUCAAUUUUUUUUUUCCUUUUCUUUUUUCUAUAUUUUCGCGCGAUAAUCUCUUUGCAUGUAUGAUUAACGUGAUCGUAAAUAGGCCAAGAGAAAUAAAGAAUGAAUGUGUGCGCGUAUAUAUGUAUGUAAAAAAAAGAGAGAAAGAAAGAGAGGCAGAAAGAGAGAGAGAGAGAGAGAGAGAGAGAGAGAGAGAGAGGAAGAGAGAGAGAGAAACUCGACCCCAUAAUUUACGUAACUUUUCACGAGAAUCUUCAUUGAAUCGUUUCAGCGCAUAUAAAAUUUCUAUUGUGAUCGAAUUAUUCGUUAAAAUUAUUAUUCUCGAUCGCAAGAAAUGAUCGAGAUAAUCUAUAAUGUAACGCGUUGAAAAAUCAUUCUUUUUUUUUUUGUAUUAUCAUAAAAACCGACCGUAUUAAAAUGUUAAAUAACAAUAUUAUCCCAU